CUGCAUGAGGACUCGACAACCACGGCCAGCGGCCAGUCCACGGUAGCAUCAUCCUUCCGCCCGCCCGCGACAUCCGAGCUUGCCCAUCUCACCGUGCGCUUCUGCGUGCACGCGGACCCCAGAGCCCUCGCCCACGGCCCACGUCUUCGCUACCAUGUCUACCAACCGACCCUUCUUCUCCAACUUCCUCGCCGCAUUCCGCGCUCAGUCCGCCAUACAGAAAGCUGCCAGCUCGCAGUCGGCGGCCGCAGCAACCACGUACUCUCACAACACAUCCCCUUCGCCCCAGAAUGCGAAUUCGAGCGCGAGCACGUCGCGGACAAUGACCACAAAGGCCGGGCCUCCCGCGCCAGGAGCUACCACUGCUGCGGUGCAAGCUUCGGGCCAGUUCCAGCCGACCAGACAGCACGCCGCUCCGUACCACCGCUCGACGUCGCCCGCAACGACCAAAGCGUUCCCAAUACCAGGCGCUUCCGCAAGGAGCCGGAGAGGCUCAGACAGCUCGUCAGAAGGCUUCCACGAAGUCAUGGGUGCAGACAAGUGGUACAUCGGCGGUCGCACCGCCACGGGCGAAGAGAAGUUCUACAAGCUCGGCAUGGUGAAGCGCCACCGGAGCGUCGACAGGCUGAGCCUCGACCGACUCAGUAUAUAAUAAGCAGAGCCACAAAAGUACAUUUGCAUUGAAGGCGUUCACGGCGACUUCAUCCUCGACAUCCCAGGAAGGGCAGUUCUCGAGAACAGGCGUUAUGGCAUUUCCUCCGCUGAAGGCGACUUCUUCGCAUGCGGCUUUCCAACUUGAAUACAUAGUUAUCCGUGGCUCACGCUGCCUACCAAAUAGUAGACUAUACUG